AACGAUGAUCAACCCAAUCAAUGAUAAAUUAACUUCCAAAUUAGUUGAAGAGAAAGAUAAACAAAGUGAAAAAUCAUCGAAAGUUGAACAAUUAGCCAAUGAGAUGGAUAAAUUUUCCUCCUUCAAUAGUCAAGUUGUUAUUUUUGGAGAAAUUGCCAAAUUGAUAAACUUUAAAGGUAAAAAUGUUCACAUCGAGUUCUGGUUGGAACCAUCACAAGGUUGGUUUCCAAAUGAUGGUGAUGAUAAAUCUCUAUGUGGAUUAACUCAUAGAUGUUACAGUUCAACGGAAAUCACUUCGAUCGGAGCUCCGUUUCAAUUCAUUGUCUCUCACAAUCAAACUAAAUCAACUAAUGAAUUAGAAAUUGUCAAAGGAUUUACACUCUAUUUUCGAGUGGUCAAACAUCACACAUUCGGCCGAUCGUCAACUGAAGCUUUUGGAAUCCUGGGUUUCCCAUGUCGACCUGGAAGAUAUUCCAGAUCAAUUAAGAUGUUUCGACCUUAUUCCAAUAGAAUAGCCGAUAAAUUGAUGGAACAUUUUCUUGAUUAUUCUUUUGAUUUAGAUGAUUUAGAAGAGCAUCACUAUGAACCAUUGGGUUUAAUUUACACCGAAUCAAAAGGAUCCAUAUCAAUAGAUUUCAAUAUCAUUUUACAAUCAAGUUCUCUUGGAUUACAAUUAGACGAAACCAACGACACUUUCGAUCCAUUGUGGAGCGAUAUCUCUCAAAUUGUGACCGCAUUUAGACGAGCCCGACAACGGAUGAUUUUCUUACGAAUGAAAGCACUUAAAUUGUUUAAAAGGCAAAAAUGAGAGUAAAAUUGAUCCAGCAAUUUAAUGUUUUAUCGAUGCUGCGGUGGUUCGUAGUUGUUGGAAAAGGGUGAAAGCUUUUUGAACGAAAUUCUUGAUCAAAUAAAGUUCAGCUUUCGUUACAUUGUGAAGUGUAACCGUUGAAA